GAUUCAUUUUUAUUUUAUUUUAUUUUUUUGGAUGGGACUCCUCUAAAACUUUUUAUUUAUAUCAACUGUACUGCCAUUCCCUUUCCCUGCUUCCAUCCCUGUCUCUGUCUGUCUCUCCCACUCCAAUGGCUCUCUUCUGCUUCUUCUUCCUCUCACUUCUUCUCAUUUCCAUGGCCCCUUCAAGCAAUGCUGGCUACUGGCCACCCUCUCCUGGCUACUACCCAAGCUCCAAGUUCAGGUCCAUGGCCUUCUACAAGGGCUUCAGAAACCUUUGGGGUCCCCAGCACCAAAGCCUCCACAACAAUGCCUUGUCAAUUUGGCUUGACUCCACCUCUGGGAGCGGAUUUAAGUCGGUGCGCCCCUUCCGGUCGGGGUACUUCGGGGCUUCCAUCAAACUCCAGCCUGGUUACACUGCCGGAGUAAUCACAGCUUUCUAUCUUUCAAACAGUGAGGCUCAUCCAGGGUACCACGACGAGGUGGACAUUGAAUUCCUGGGGACGACGUUCGGGAAGCCCUACACACUGCAGACGAAUGUUUACAUCAGAGGAAGCGGCGAUGGCAGAAUCAUUGGGAGAGAGAUGAAGUUCCAUCUCUGGUUUGAUCCCACCAGAGACUUCCAUCACUAUGCCAUCCUCUGGAGCCCCAAGGAGCUCAUAUUCCUUGUGGAUGAUAUUCCAAUAAGGAGGUACCCAAGGAAGAGCGCAGCAUCGUUUCCACUGAGGCCAAUGUGGGUCUAUGGAUCAAUCUGGGAUGCCUCCUCUUGGGCCACAGAGGAUGGCAAAUACAAGGCUGAUUACAGGUACCAGCCCUUUGUCGGAACGUACACCAACUUCAAGGCAACCGGUUGCUCCGCCUACGCUCCGCGGUGGUGCCGCACCGUCUCCGCCUCGCCCUACCGGUGGGGCGGCCUAACCCGGCGGCAGCACAUGGCCAUGAGAUGGGUCCACAGCCACUCAUUGGUGUACAACUACUGUAGGGACCCCAAAAGAGACCAUUCACUAACACCAGAAUGUUAUAGAUGAGCAUUCAUCAGUGUAGGGCUCUCCUAAUUAAACACACUACUUUGGGUUGGGUUGGGUUGGGUUGGGUUGAGAUGAGUCCAAUUGGCUAUGGGAUAUAUAGUUGUUGAAGCAUCCUACAGGGAAAGUUAAUCAACUUUUUGUGGGUUUGAUGUUAUAAUGUGGUUUUUUGUUUGUCAACAUGUGUGAAGACUGAACAAGAAGAAAAGCCAUAUGGCCCAUAAGUCAUGGGGCCAUGGGGCUUCAGUG